UCAGCCUAAAAGAAACUUCUUCUUCUUCUUCUUCUGUUAUAACUAAACACACAUCGGCGGUGGUGGUGGCUACACUGCGGCAGCGGCGGCGACGGCACCCAAGAUCAAGUUCUAAAAAUACCACCGGCCGUUGUGAAAGCUCUCGCACUCGAGAAAGAAGCCGAAACGUCGACAGUCGCAGCACGUGAAAUCUGUGCUUCGGGAGCAGAUAGAGAGAGAGUGAGAUAUUAUGCACACGAUGCACAGAAAAAAAACAAACGUCGCGUUCGAUGCUUCGACGUUGUCCGAUCGAUUGGUAGUUUAUUGAGCACGUGCGACCGAAUUUUAUUGUUUAAUUGAUGUGUUGUGCGGUGUGACGAUCGCUGGCAGUUGACUUGGUUUUACCGUAAAUUUCAAGGGGCCACUCGAUCGAACUUGACAUAAAUAUUACGGUUAUCGAAUAGAGAAAAAAUUAGCCGCUGUGAUUAUGUAAGCAAUGUUGAAGCUCGAGUAAAAUUGUAGAUAAUUUCCUGUACAACUGUCAGUGUCUGGUCAAGUGGAGAAAAAAGUUUAAAAGUGAAAAAAAAAAAAAACAAAAACGAAAAAUGGGCGAAGAACUCGGCGAGCGCAUCACCACCGAGACUCUGCGCAAGAUCGCCUCGAACGAGGAGUACGCAGAGAACGAGAUGCUCUGCGUCGCGGAGUACCUCAUCGACCUCUACGAGUACGACGCCGAGGCGCACUUCGGCCUGGUCGUGAGCGACGAGCCGGCCCAGUGCGGCGAGCUCGACAAGCUCAAGGAGCUGGACGUCCGUAAGGAGCCGUUCUUCUUGAUCUACAGCAAGGCGGCGAGGCACUGGGUCUGUCUGGCGGUCACCUAUCUGCACAAUUCGGUGGUGGUGCUGUACAAGGACUCGCUGGGCGCGCAGAUACCUCACACGCUGAGGGACGCGAUCGGCAAUUGUUUGCAAAGCGAGACGGUGCGUUUCGAGAGCCACAGGGGCACGGAGCAGAACGACGAGAACAGUUCGGGCCCGAUUUGUCUGAGGAAUCUUCAGGUGCUCAUGAAGGGCCUGAAAUCGGAUACGAUCAAGGUGCCUCUCGUUGAAAAAUUUCAAAAGGUCCGCUUCUGCACGCAGUACGGCGUGCAGAACGUCAAGCGGGAGUUUCGCCUCUGGCUGCAGAAGUACCUGCUGGGUGGCCUGGAGGCUCUCUGCGCCGAGCUCUGCUCCGAUCCGGACUAUCCGAGCUUUCGCGACGAGGUCGGCCUCUUUCUCGACGACUGCUCCCGACUGCUGCGCGAGACCUAUCUGCUGUCGAGCGCCUACACGGGCCUGCUCAAGUCCGAGGCGAAGGAGAAGCAGCAGGAUCCGCGACACGAGACGGAUUACAAGACGAUGAAGGCCAUGAAGGACGCGCGGAGCGCCUUUUACAGGAAUCAGGAGGUGUCGAGGAGCAUCAAGUCCGACGAGAACGACUUUGUCGACAUCGACGACGGCCACAGAGUCUACAAUCUCGAUAUCCAGGAGAGAUACCCCGAACAGAUGCAAAAAUUCACGAAAAUCUUCGCCGUCCUGGCCCAGGCCGAGAUGAACGAGGAGCUCGAGCGAGUCCUGCAAAAGGUCAGCCAGAUGCUGCGCUUGGAUUACGCCAAGAUAAGGGUGUACUUCGACAAGGCCAAGGCCACAGUGAGGCGACCGGAGCUGAUGGCGGCCGCUCGUAAUUCCGACUGCAAUGCGCCACCGAGCGCCGCGGCACAGAUCGAGAAAGCGGCCGCGGCGCUGAAGCUCAAGUCGAAACACAUAAGGGACGCGCAAAAGGCCGACGCGGCGGACAAAAAGAUCAAGUCGUGGGACCAGCUGGUCUCGGAGCUGGUGCUCGACGUGCAGCACGACGAUCUCACGAGCAAGGAGGACGUCGAUCGGCAGAUUCGCGAGAUUCGCGAGUCUUACGCCAAGAUAAUGAAGCAUUACGCCGCGUGGAAGGACAAGGGCGUGGGCGAGAUCAUGGCCUGGGCGAACGAGCGCAAAGCCGAGGAGAAGCCGUUCGAGGUCGAGGCGAUCGAGGAGGCCGUGGCGAUACUGGACAGAGCCAACGAGAUCGCCACCGGCGGACAGCGUCUGCGAGCCACCCAGAUCCUGUCGGUUCUGGUGUUCGUCCGAUCGACCGAGUCCUAUCACGGCAAACUGUGCCAGAUCGAGAGCGGCGAGGGCAAGACCGUGAUAGUGUCGCUGCUCGCCGUGACGAUGCUGCUGCAGGGCGAGAAGAGCGUGGACGUGAUCACGAGCAACGCCGUGCUGGCGCAGGAGGGCGUCGACAGUCGCAAGCUCUUCUACGCGAUCUUCAACGCGAGCUGCGCGACCAACGCCCCGGACAAGAGCUACGCCCAGGGCCCGAGAAGGUGCUACCUCGCCGAUGUGGUCUACGGCAGCAUAAGCGACUUUCAGUUCGACUAUCUGCGCGACACCGCCGAGGGCCUGGGCACGCUGAGCGGCCGACAGUUCGGCCGGGUGAUCCUCGACGAGGUCGACAACAUGCUCGUGGACAACGGCCGCCACAUCGCCAAGAUCUCGUCGCCCUUCGCCGGCAUGGAGAACCUCAAGUACAUCUAUCUGAGGAUCUGGAACGAGCUGCUCGACGCCGAGUCCGAGCUGAUCGACGACUUCCAGGAGAAGAUCGACGGCUUCGCCGGCCUGAAGAGCGUCAAGCGGAUGGCCGUGGACGAGUUCGUGAAGAUAUUCGACGCGUCGAUGAUCGGCCGCUUGGAGGAGCGCAUCAAGGCGAACCUCAAGGACCUGGAUUACAAAUUCGUGCCGACGCACUGUCUGCGCUACGCCAAGAGCAUGAUACCCAAGUGGAUCGGCAACGCCAUCCGAGCGCGCUACUUCAUACGCGAGAACGAGCAGUACUCGCUGAAGGAGGCCAACGGCGAGCUGGCCAUAAUCCCGGUGGACUACAGCAACACCGGCGUCACUCUGAAGAACACCGUCUGGUCCUACGGGCUGCACCAGUUCAUCCAGAUCAAGCACAAUCUGCGCGUCACCCCGGAGAGCCUGACCAGCAGCUGCGUGUCGAAUUACGCCUACAUCGGCAAGUACGGCAACCGGAUAUUCGGCCUCACGGGCACACUCGGCUCCAAGGCCGAGCAGGAUCUGCUCUCGUCCAUCUACAACGUGGAUUACGCCCGGGUGCCGACCUACAAGACCAAGCUGUUCGAGGAGUACAGGGGCGUCGUCGUGCCCGACGACGAGUGGAGCUUCGAGAUCGCACUGAUGGCCGCGGGCAUGAUCAAGUAUUCAGGUCGAGCGGUCUUGAUCAUCUGCAAAACCAUCGCCGACCUGAUGCUGCUGGAGGAGCACUUCGCCGCGUUCAAGGACCUCAUGAGCUCGGACUGCCCGAUGCGGCUGAAAAAGUUCCAGGACGAGGAGUGCGUGGACGUGACGCGCGACACCGUCCUGCCCGGCGACGUGAUCGUCGCCACGAACAUCGCGGGCCGCGGCGCCGACUUCAAGACCUCGAAGGAGCUCGAGGCCCGGGGCGGCCUCCACGUCUACGUGGGCUUCUGCCCGGACAACGAGCGAGUCCGCGAGCAGGCCUUCUUCCGCACCUCGAGGCAGGGCAAUCGGGGCAGCGCGCAGCUGGUCGUGCGCGAGAGCGAGAUCAAGAAGCUGAAUCUGGACACGAGCGAUUGUUCAGAGGUGGAUUUCGACGAGGUGAAGAGAAGAAUCGAUAUAAUCGAGAGAGAAAGAUUGAGCGACAUCAAGCUGACCAAAGUCGACGUGUUGCGAUACGAGGACGCGCUGUUCACGCUGUUCUCCGACCUCUGCCAAGAGCUGAAAAACAACAACGUCAUAACGUGGGGCCACUCCUACCUCAUGAAGGAUCUCAAGGAGCUCUGGGCCUUCUGGCUGGAGGAUCAGAAUUUCGAGGGCAAAAAGUACUCGAUGAAGGAGGCCAGCUACAUCUUUUACAGUUUCAAGAAUCACGAGAGAACCAGGCGAAUCAUCAGCGGGACAGUCACGCAGAAUCCCUAUUACGGCAUUUUGCAGGCCGACUUUUUCAUGAAGAACGACGAGGUGGACAAAGCCAAGGCGGCACUGAUCAACGCCAUCUGUCUGAGCAAGAACGCCAACGUCAUGUAUCCGGCUUUCCUCAUGCUGUUCGACUCGACCCUGGAGGAGAAGGGCCGGCUCAUGCCGCGUUUUCGCGAAUUUCUCGCCAAGGUCUUCGCCUGCGGCAACUCCACGGCCAACGACAAGUACGCGAUCUACGCCGCGGAGAUCCUCGAGUACUUGACCAUCUCGCAGGCCGGCCUCAGCGAGGAGAUCGAGCACAUCGAGCGGCGGAUAUUCAACGACGAGCACAACUACGGCUUCAAGCGCAUCCUGAUCAAGCCGGCCAAGGGCAAGGAGAACGUCCUCGUCAAGCAGUUCGCCGCCAAGCUGACCUGCCUCAAGGUCUAUCGCAGCAACGUCGAGCUGCUGCUCGAGGCCUUCGAGGGCAGCGACACCAAUAAUCUCGCGGUGAGCAAGCGAAUCGGCGAUUACUUGAAGCACUUCAAGCCCGACACGAAGGAGGAGAAGCAGACCAAGGACCUGAUGAUCGAGCCCGAGCUGUCCGAACUGGGAUCGAAGGGCCUGAAGACCAUCUACGGACUGAAGAAGCUAGGCCUGAUACCCGAGGCGACGGCGGAAAAGUCGAGGUCGCAGCUGAUGGCCGCGCUGGCUCUGAUCGCGAGAUCCACGGCUUUUCCGCCACUGAGCUUCGCCGUGGCCAACGUGACGAGCGUCAUGAUAGCCGAGGCCGUCGCCUCGAUCGUGCUGGCCCUCUUCAAGGAGAACAGCAGCGUGGACGACAUGGUGCACAAGUCCGAGUAUCUGCAGGGCAAGUCGCUCAACUACGUCGUGAGUCUGAUGACCUCGGGCGAUCUCAAUCACGACGUCUGCGUCAAGAUAUUUCUGCGCAUGGUCAGGUCGUAUCGCGAGUCCUACUACAUACUCGAGCACUCGAACGACAGCAACAUGAAGCUGAUAAAGAACGUCAACUCGACGGAGAUAUCGAGGAUGGCCAAGACCCUGGACGAGUACGGCGAGUACGGCACGGCCAACUGGACGAGGCGAGUCAAGGUACCCGAGGCUCUGGUGGCCCACUUCUUCGAGAGCGACAUCAUGAACACGGGAAUUGCUCAGCUGGUCGAGUUCGUCGUCGAAAAGGAGAGCAGCAGCAACGGCAAGGUGGACAACGUCGAUGCGAAGCACGAAAAUAUCGACAAGACUCCGACGUUCUAUUAUCCUCCGAAAGAAUGGCAGGGCGUGACCAAGAUCGAGAGCUUCAUCGCCAGGGCUGCGCCGAAAAAAUUCGGUGGAAGCUUCGAGGAAGUUUCCAAACAAUUUUCUCAGGGCUCGAGCUAUUUCGUCACGGUGAGAUUUCCAUCGGAAGACUUGCUGAAGGAUACCGAGUACUCGUCGAUCAGUCCGACGAAGUUACCCGCGAUCGCCAUGCUGGAACGAGACCGCGGAUCAUUGGUGAAAUUGCGCUCGAUCGACGAGACGACCAAACAGGCGUACUCGAGCAGGCAGACGGAGCUGUUGCGCAAGAAGGAAUUCUGGGCGGUGCUGAGGAACGAGAUAGCGGAGAUUCUGGCGAUUUCCAAAUUCUUCGAGCAGAACGGCCGCGAGCACGCCAACUACUCGAUGGCCCUGGUGCAGAUGCUGCAUUACUGCAAGAGCGCCGACUUGGGCGCGCCGAUAGGAAAAUUAAUCACCAGCGAGCAGUGCAACGUACUGGUCAAACAGUUCAGAUUGAAGCACGAGAUCGCGUAG